AUGUCGUGGCGUUCGUCUUCUCGCUGCCCGAAGUUUCGUCACGUCUUCGGGAAAGCGGCGAGCAGAGAGCAAAGCUACGACGGCGUGCCGAUCACACGCAGUGUCCAUGACAACCACCACUGCUCAGCCAACCCCUGCUUCAUCGCCGUGGUGACCGAGUGUGCUGGGGGCGGGUCCUUUCUGGUCCUGCCCAUCCAUCACACAGGGCGGGUGGACCCCCAGCACCCCCGGGUGUGUGGUCACCGUGGGCGAGUCCUGGACGUCAGCUGGAAUCCGUUUGACGAUCACUGCAUCGCCUCGUGCUCCGAGGACUUCACCGUGAAGAUCUGGGACAUCCCGGUCUGUGGCGUCCAGCAGAACUUAACCAAGGCCAGGAAGACUCUGAUUGGUCACUCCAGGAGGGUGGGGCUCAUCGAGUGGCAUCCCACAGCUGAGAACCUGCUGCUUAGCUCCGCCUACGACUACAAGGUCCUCCUCUGGGACGUGUCCCAGGCCGGUCCAGUGAUCAGGCUCCCGGUCCGCGUGGUCCUAAUGCCCGUCCUCCACCGCUACCCGUCCGAGGCGCUGCUGCUGUCCGUUAGCUUCAACAGCGACGGCAGCAGGUUGGCGGUCUCGUCCAAAGACAGACGGGUCCGAGUCCUGGACCCGCGGACAGGAAGGAUUCUACAAGUGUCGAGAAACAAGUCCCACAAGGCCAGUAAGGUUUUAUACAUCCGAGGGCUGAAGAUGCUUCUGUCCACCGGCUGCUCGCCAUGGAACCACCGGCAGAUCGUCCUCUGGGACCCGAACGAUUUGUCGGAGCCUUUGUACGAGGAGGAUCUGGACGGUUCUGCCGGAGUUCUCUUUCCGUUCUACGACCCGGACACGCACAUGCUCUACUUGGCUGGAAAGGGCGACGGGAACAUCCGGUUCUACGAGCUGAGUGCGGAGAAGCCGUUCAUCAGCUUCCUCAGCGAGUUCCGCUCCCUGCUGCCACACAAAGGACUCGGGGUGAUGCCCAAACGAGGCCUGGACCUGAGCGUCUGUGAGGUUUUCAGAUUCUAUCGUCUCAUCGCCGUCAAAGACCUGGUGGAGCCGCUGUCGCUGGUCGUCCCUCGCAAAGAAUCGGGGGUUUUCCACGAGGACCUGUACCCGAUGACGGCAGGAAACCAGGCGGCCAUGACGGCUCAGGAGUGGCUGUCAGGGGUCAACCGGGGCCCGGUGCUGAUGUCCCUGAAGCCUCGAGUCGCCAACCCCUACCCAGAAUCCCCUGCUGACAAGGGAGUGGCCAGGCAGCUGAGGGUCCAGGCGGGCCCAGAUGUGGGGCCGCGGACCGGGACACAUCUGGACCUAAAGGAAGAGGCUUUCCUCCAGGAGCAGCUGGCCUACCAGGACGCCAAAUACCCACGAGACCUCAGCGACCUGUCGGCAUGGCAACCGGACGAGACCCAGAUCCCGCUGUGGAUGUACUGCUGCACCCCCCACUGCCUGGAGCCUGCCGAGAGGCCGCCGCCCACCAGCGAGAGCGAGCUCCUGCAGACGUUCCACCAGCAGCAGGAGGAGAUCCGGGGUCUGAGGGAACGGGUCGGCCAGAGAGACGUGAGAAUCGCUGAACUGGAGCUGCAGAUCCAACACACGAGAAACAACAUGAGGGCGACUUUCUGAUUCAACCAAUCAAAACUCACGCUGCCGUUCCCCCAACAAACCAAAACACUCCAC